AUAUAUCGGUAUGCAUCCAAAGCGAGCGUCUGUAUCGCGUCUAUUCCGAACAAUUUCAAUGCGGCUACUGUUACAGUAUCGUUGGAACACGAGUAGAAGGGAAUUUCUAAACUCGAGAGUAUCGUACGAACGAAGUGAGAAAAGGUCGUGCGCAACUGUCCUUGUAGAGAGGAGUAACGAGCGAUCGAAUAAGUGCCGUGAGCAAAAAGACGGGAUCGCGUAGCAUGGCGAUUAGAGGAGUUAUCAGUCGGUCUGUGAUAUCAAUUCCAGUCAAACGCACGAACGCGUUUGGUUCGCGCCCCACUCGUCGUUACUGGGACGUGUUCGCUUUCAAGGAAUGUGUGAUCUCGAUCUGGCCACAACACUGGCUAAUUGUAUCCAUUGCACGUACAAUUCCGGAAAUCCUUGGGCUGAUCUUAUAAAACGAUCACGGCUACACGACAAAGGAGCCAAUGAUCGCGUCUUUGUGAGCGAUCCGAUAGAUUAUCUCGUUGAUACUUUAGUGUUCGUCGUCCGGUCAAUUUUUCCAAUCUACGUUUCUUUUUUUUUUUUUUUUUUUUUCAAUUUCUUUUGAAAUAUUUAACUUCGCUAAACUGCCUACUCUUGUUACCGCGCUCUUCCGCAAAAUUUCAAUCGACCCAAGUCAGGACAUUUUUCAUUACGAAUAUCCACUUUGCUUUGAUGAAUAUUUUUAACGCGGUCAAAAAUUUCGAUCAUCCCAGCUUUCGUCUACUUUUUUCCUUUUUCCUUCUUAUUCUUCUCCUCCUUUUCGAGAAAGUGCGGACUUGUCGCGAGAUUCGGCUCAGUUUUAUCUUCUCGCGAGCAAUGCUUAUCGGCUUCUAAGAGCUCGUUAGAAUGGUUCCGUCUAAUAUCUUGACGCAAUGGGAUCGUGAUUACGCGAGUAAUUCCACGGCUAUAACGGUCGUUCGUUCUUGAAAGAUCUACAAAACCGCAGAAACGGAAACGUGAUCAUACUUGCAAUUAGAAAGAUGGACGACGAUAGGCAGCCGUUAAUUCGAAAAAGAUAUGACUCAACGAGCUCGUUUUGCGAUGGGGAGGGCGAUACCGAUUACGAAGGCACGGUACAGAUGGUGUACGUUCCUCGGUCGCAGAAAAUGAAAGAUUCCACGAAUAUUUCUACUAUGAAGGUUAAUAUCGACGGUAUGAGAUGCCAGAGCUGUGUGAAGAACAUCGAGAGAACCAUAGGUAGCCGACCGGAGGUUUUAAGCGUUAAAGUAAUCCUAGAAGAGAAGCUCGGCUACAUCGAAUUUAAAGCGGAAGAAAUUACGCCGAACGAAUUGGUCGAAGCGAUAGAGGAUAUGGGUUUCACCGCUUCCCUAUGCAGCGACGAAAGUAGCUCUACCGAAAAGAUACAAAGAAGUGAUUCGUUACAAUUAACUAUCAGUACUUGUACCGUACAUAUCGAUGGAAUGACUUGCGCGUCUUGUGUUAAAACUAUCAUUGACAGUUUAUCGCAGAAAGCAGGAAUAAAACAGGCGAACGUUAGUUUAGAGAAGAAGGAAGCUACGGUUUCUUACAACGACAAGGACCUAACGGCUGAACAAAUAUCAGGGUUCGUCGAGGAAAUGGGUUUUAAUUCGUUUGUUAAAGAAGUAAACGGUAAAGUUCUAGGAGAUGAAACACCAAUGAAUUUAUCGUUAAAAAACAAUUCUGCGCAAGAGGAACUUCCGUUGCAAAUGAAUGGGGGAGGUGAUGUAAAGACUCGAAACGAAACAGCAAAAUGCUUUUUACAUAUAACGGGGAUGACCUGUGCUUCCUGCGUCGCUGCCAUAGAAAAACAUUGCAAAAAAUUAUACGGUGUAAAUAAUAUCUUGGUAGCAUUGAUGGCGGCCAAGGCAGAAGUUGCCUUUGAUCCGAAUAAGAUAAGGGCGAUUGACAUCGCUUCUAGCAUAUCGGAAUUGGGCUUCCCUACUACUUUGAUCGAGGAACCUGGCACUGGAGAGGGAGAUAUCGAAUUAAAAAUCACAGGUAUGACAUGUGCAUCUUGCGUGAAUAAGAUAGAAUCGACUGUGAGGAAAUUACCGGGCGUCCGUUCUGCCGCUGUUGCGUUGGCAACUCAACGUGGCAAAUUCAAAUACGAUGUAGAAAAAAUUGGCGUCAGGGACAUUAUCGAAUGCAUUAACAAAUUAGGUUUCACCGCAAUGUUAUUUAGUAAUAAAGAUAAAGAGAACAGAGACUACUUGGAUCAGAGGGAAGAAAUAAACAAGUGGCGGACAGCGUUUUUAGUGUCCUUAAUUUUUGGCAUACCGUGUAUGUUAGCCAUGACAUACUUCAUGGUAAUCAUGUCUAUUGGUGAAAAAACGCACGAAGAUAUGUGUUGCGUAGUUCCUGGUCUUUCCUGGGAAAAUUUAAUCCUUUUCAUAUUUUCUACACCAGUCCAGUUUUUUGGCGGCUGGCAUUUUUACGUUCAAGCGUACAAAGCUUUGAAACACGGUACGACUAAUAUGGAUGUUUUAAUUUCUAUGACUACUACGAUAUCUUAUUUGUACUCAGUCGCCGUACUUGCAGCAGCUAUGAUAAUGCAGGAACACGUUAGUCCUCAGACAUUUUUUGAUACUCCUCCCAUGUUGUUAGUGUUCAUCAGUUUAGGAAGAUGGUUAGAACAUGUCGCAAAGGGUAAAACAUCGGAGGCGUUAUCGAAAUUAUUGUCUUUGAAAGCAACGGACGCGGUCCUGGUUACUUUGGGCCCUAACAAUGAACUACUAUCUGAGCGUUUGAUCAGUAUAGAUUUAGUACAACGGGGCGAUGUCCUAAAAGUAGUGCAAGGUGCCAAAGUUCCCGUCGAUGGUAGAGUUUUAUCAGGCAAUUCUACUUGCGACGAGAGCCUAAUUACCGGGGAAAGUAUGCCGGUACCGAAAAAGAAGGGAUCGGUUGUAAUAGGUGGCUCGAUAAAUCAAAAUGGUCCGCUUCUAAUUACUGCCACGCAUACAGGAGAACACACGACAUUGGCACAAAUUGUACGAUUAGUAGAAGAGGCACAAACGAAUAAGGCACCUAUCCAACAUUUAGCCGAUAAGAUAGCUGGUUAUUUCAUACCUCUUGUUAUAGUUGUUUCUAUAGUAACUUUAUUCGUUUGGAUAAUAGUGGGAUAUGUAAAUGUAAACAGUUUACCAAUCUCGCACAACGAUCAAAUCAAAAAACACGGAUUGAAUAGAGAAGAAAUUAUAUUUCAAUAUGCUUUUCGAAGCGCGCUUUGCGUAUUAGCGAUAGCUUGUCCAUGCGCGUUAGGAUUGGCUACGCCAACUGCUGUUAUGGUUGGUACUGGAGUCGGAGCAUUAAAUGGUAUCUUAAUAAAAGGUGCUGAACCUUUAGAAAAUGCGCACAAAGUUAAAUGUAUUGUAUUUGAUAAGACCGGAACAAUAACACAUGGUAUACCAAUGGUAACAAAGAUAAAUCUCUUUGUAAAUGAAACAGCUUAUUCACUAGCAAAGUUCUUAGUCAUUAUCUGUACAGCUGAAACAAACAGCGAACAUCCGAUCGCAUCAGCAAUUGUGCGGUACGUGAAGGAAACAAUAGGCUCUGAAACAACUGGACAGUGCAUGAAUUUUCAAGCAGUUGCUGGUUGUGGACUUAAAUGUAAAGUAUCACAUAUUUCAACUACGUUGGCCGAUGCAUUAAAAUCUGAUAAGAUUCUUAACUAUAUUAACGAAGUAAAAAGAUUACCUUCUGGAACGCAUAACUUAAAUAAUGUGUCGAUCGAUGUUACGCCAAUUUCGAGCACGAGACAAAAUUUGGAAUUGUUGCUAAGUCCGGAUUCCCAUGGUGACCAGACUAAUCCUGACGAUGUAUAUGAAAUUUGCGUUGGUAACAGAGAGUGGAUGCGAAGAAAUGCUAUUAAUAUACCACAAGAAGUAGAGUUGAAAAUGGUUAUUGAAGAAGAUCUAGGACAUACUGCUGUUUUAGCAGCAGUGAAUAAUGUACUGGUGGCUAUGAUCAGCGUAGCAGAUACGGUUAAACCAGAAGCCCAUCUGGCAAUCUAUACUUUGAAAAAGAUGGGUUUAGAAGUCAUUCUUUUAACAGGAGAUAAUAGAAAGACUGCUGUUUCUAUCGCUAGACAAGUUGGUAUUACUAGAGUAUUUGCAGAAGUGUUACCUUCGCACAAAGUUGCUAAAAUUCAGCGUUUACAAGAUCAAGGCUUAAGAGUUGCAAUGGUAGGAGAUGGUGUUAAUGAUAGUCCUGCCCUUGCACAAUCAGAUGUUGGCAUUGCAAUAUCUUCUGGUACGGAUGUUGCUGUGGAAGCUGCCGAUGUAGUCCUCAUGCGAAAUGAUCUUCUAGAUGUUAUCGCGUGUCUGGAUCUAUCGAGAAAAACAGUUCGUCGAAUAAGGUUGAAUUUUUUAUUUGCUAGUAUCUAUAAUUUGUUGGGUAUUCCUAUUGCUGCUGGAAUAUUUAGUUCUUUCGGAUUCUUCCUUCAACCUUGGAUGUCGUCAGCGGCGAUGGCUUUAAGCUCAGCAUCUGUAGUUGGUAGUUCUUUGUUACUAAAAUUGUAUCGUAAACCGACGAAGACCACUUUAGAAACAUCAGAAUAUUUAUCAGCGAUGCAUGCUCAUUCUACUGCAAGAAUGAUUGAUUUAGAUACAAUAUCUCUUCAUCGUGGUUUAGAUGAUACUGUAAUGCCUAUUAUGCAUAGAUCAACAUCGACAUUGUCCAGGCUAUUUAGGAGAUCUAAGGACAAUGUAGAGGGUCGUCUCCUAGGUGAAGAUAUUGAUGAAAUUGAUUUGGUAACAGAUUUUUCUGGAUAUCGAAAAAAUAUAAAGGACCAUACAAACAUAACACCCUUAUGACUUUUGUACUGAUUGGCCAUAUUAGCAUGCAAUGGAAUAAAUGCAUUUGUUUGUGACAGAAUAUCAUCUGAGAUCACAGUUGAAUUUGUAUUGUAAGCAUUAAAAUCUCCCUGAAUAUUACUGACAUCCUCGUUGGAAACAUAUGGCAAAUUUUUGUUGCUCAACACAGAAUAUGUCUCUGUACGAAUAGGUAAGUUUAAAUUACCUUGUUCUUCUAAAUGAUUUCUUGUCAACUGAUGAGGAGCAACCAAAUUUUUCAUAUCAAGACAUGAUUCUAAAUUAUUGAUGUGAGGAAUACAAAUUGAUUGUACAUUUUUUGAUUGAUAAUUAUUGUUAUUAUUGAUAGGAACCACAUUAUUGCAUUUAUUUAAAUAGCAAUCAUUGUAAAAGUUUGGAUUCAACGAAAAAUUGUUAUACUGCAACGAAUAGUGUAUAUCAUUUUGUUGUGGAAUUUCACUGUUGGUUAAAUUUUCAUAUUGUGUAUCAGGUAUGUUACAAAGUAAAUUUUUAUUCGUAUAUCUGCAAUUUUGAUGUUGUUCAGAGGUAAUAUCUUGUGACUUUAUUAAAUUGCAUGAAAACUGUUUCUUUUCUGCAUCAGAAACUUUCUUAGCAUCUACUUUGGAUUGAGCACAAUAUUGUAUAUCAUUUAAUAUAUCUAAGUUAUUAUGUGAUUGCAUAUUAUAGUUCAUAUAUAAAUGAUUAUAAUUGCUACUGUGUAAAAAGUUCUGAUCAUUAUAAAGAUAUUUAUUUUGUA